AUGUUUGACAGCUUGCGUUCCGCUCUCGGCACAGAUGGAUUCAAAGACCUCAUGAAAGAAGCAAGUAACAACCACAAAGCACGAGUUGCUGCAGAGGAAGCCGCACGAGUCGCUGCAGGCGGCCAAAAGAUCCAAACAGUUGAUGAACUAAGCAAGACCGAGACGACUUGUUGCUGUGAUGACGAUGAGCGAUGGAGUCUGUUCAAAGCCAAGUGGGAUGUUGUGAUUGCAUCCGUGUUCGAUGAGGAAUCUCUUGUUGAGGGUAUCUCUGAUGUCAAUCGUCGCUUCACCAUCAAAUGGAUUGAAGACACGCAGCUUCAAAACGCCAGUGUGCAGCAGGUUUUAGAACGAUAUGCAAGCUUUGUUGCGCAAAGGGAUGCAUUACAUCGAGCAUUGAUGCCAGAAAUAUGCUUGGUGGUGAACGAGGCAUCGCUCCAAUCAUUCUUCGACGCCAAAAUACCGACAUCGACUCCAUGGGCCUCUGAAACGAUGAUUCCCUACGUUCUCGCAAUUCCUCUCGCUACCCAAACCGUAAUUCAUGGCAACGUGGAGCCCAAUCAUGGCUCUCUACCAUCCUUCAAUGUUGCUGUAGGCAGUCUUGAUACACUUUGGGGCGUGCUUGCAAGCAAUCUUCUGUCAUCAAGAGAGCUCAGUGCAGGCAUGACGGACAACCAGAUCUGGACUCCGGAUACCGGGCCGCGGUUCCAGAUAGGUCUCGCACAAGAAACCAUUGGCAGACAAGGAUGA